GAAUCUUCCAGAAUCUGCUGGUGGGGUUUGACACGGAAGUUGUUUUUUUUCCCCCGAUCUUUUCGGGCUUUAUUCUGAACGCGGACCCUGAAAAUAGCGGAUCACAUUAAACCGACGAAUGCUUAAUGCGCAAACAUCUGACUGAACUGAGUAAAGAAUUGAAUAAAGUGAAAGUCUUCUCACCUGUUUGACUAGAGUCAUAGUUUGAUCAGCCGCUUUGCUUAGUAACGGAAAGAUGGAGGCGAGCGUCACAGUCAUCACCAACCCGACCGUCUCCGUGCGGGUCACGAGCACCGUCAGCUCAUUUGAGUCCAACCGGAGGUUCAACCGAGGCAUCACGAUCGCUGAGUUUAAGAGUAAACUGGAGCUGAUUGUGGGUACCCCAGCAGCCUAUAUGGAUCUUGACCUCUACAAUGCUUCAGACAGGUUUUUACAGAAGCUUGAGAACAAUGACGCCCUGCUUGGAUCCUAUCCUGUAGAUGAUGACUGCAGAAUACACGUGACAGACUGCAGUGGAACACAAAGUGGGGAGUUCACCGAUGUAUCCAAAGUGGAUAAAUUUGAGAUUUCGGAUGACGCCUACGAAAAAAGAUCAGAUUCGGUGCGGAACUUCAAGAAGAAUAUGAAGUUGGGUCGAUUUAAUGAGGAAAACAUGGCUUUGCAAGAAGAGACUCUGGCUAAGAAAGAAGAGGAAGAGAAGGCAGCCGCUGAAGCCAUUGCGAUUGGUAAUCGCUGUAAAAUUCAAAUUGCCGGGCAACCCACCAAGAUUGGCACUGUUAUGUAUGUUGGUACAACAGAUUUCAAGCCAGGCUGUUGGGUAGGUGUGAAAUAUGAUGAGCCGCUUGGGAAGAAUAAUGGAACUGUGAAUGGCAAACAAUACUUUGAGUGUCAACCGAAAUAUGGCGCCUUCGUGAAGCCGCUCUCAGUAUGCGUGGGAGACUUCCCUGAAGAGGACUAUGGUUUGGAUGAGAUGUAAGACUCACCCGUCAGUCAAGGCUUUGAAGAAAAGAACCUCGUUCUUUAAGAAGUUUGACUCCAUGCAGUGAGAAAUUGCUGCAGAAGUUAAAGGGUUUACUUUGUCAAUGCAGUUUUAUUUUACGCCGGUCUGGAAGAGAUCGGCAAUGUAAUACCUUUAAGUUCCUGAAGUCAAAUUCAAGCAAUGAUAUGAAACAACCUGCUGGUAUGGUGACUGGAAGUUACUAGCGAAAUGUUAAAAAAAUUAAUCUGAAUAAUGGACCAAUAUCAGCUAGAUUAAAAAAAACAGUAGGGUUCUUUGAAGCAUUCACUGAAUUUUGAUUGUAAAUUAAAAAAUUUCAGCCUCAUUUUACUUUAAACAAAACCGAUUAACCGAAACAACCGAAACUGUUCUUCACAUUCUGUACACACCGUAUCUUGUUAACAUCAUCUUUGAACUAAUGACAACUACAGUUAUACACUAAAGCUAAUGUAAUACACUUCUGCAUAAAGUCUAUAACAUUCUCAUCCAUCAUUAUUAUGACCGUGUUUAGGGUCUCACUCGUAUAAUUUGUUAGACAUGUUUGCUGUUAGCACAGAGUCAUGUAAAUGGAGAAUGUUGUGGCCUCAGUUUUUCUUAGUUUUGUAUUUUCAGUGUGAACGACCCUUGCUGGUGAACACAGGCACAUUAGCAUUUUGAUGCAUGUCGAGUUCAUGUUCAGCAAAAACUGUCUGUUUUAAAUAAAUAAAUGUGCCAACUUUGGACAUCUCUUGAACUGCCUUAAUUUGCAGCAAAACAUGCUGACCAUAUUGCACUGAAAGACACAGUACAUACCUUGACUUUACAUGCAUUGUGUUUUGGUUACAUUUUAUUUGCUCUCUCAUCUCUGUGAUUUUUCCCAUAAACAUGGUCGGCUUUUUUAAAUGAAUUACAUUCUUUCUGUUUUUCGAGUUUGCCUUUGCAAAACGAAAGACAAAAUAAAAAAAAAGUUUGUUUCGCUUGUGCCUAAUAAAAACAUGAUGUGGUCACUG